UUAGAUAUUGUUGCUCCUUGUCAGCUACAUGUAUAUAAUCAAAGCCACAGAAGGGACCUCGGAACUUCCUUUACAGACUCAAAAUGAUCAACGAAAUAUUCUGAACCAUCUACUACCCCCUGCCGCGUAGGUAAAUCAUUGUGUAGAAAUGCAUGUGAAUUUGCCAAAUAGCAGCAUUGCUUUUUUAAAUUUAUCACAGCCGAUUCAGAAGCCUCAUACAAAGUUAUAUUACAUUCAACGCAAUCACAUCUUUGAGAGUAUUGUAAAAAUCUAUACAACACAAUGGUAUUUUUGCUUUGGAAUAUUAUCGGCACAGGAUAUGAUAAAACCUAAGAUAAACAAAUCACGCGGAGCAUAAAAUGCCCUUUAUCAUUGAGAAAGAGUCAUGUGAGAGAAGUUGAAGUGCAACCGUGAAUUUAUGAGAGGCUGACCUGUGAACACAUUAACCCACGACCAAGGUUGUCAUUCCAAGCAGCAGCCUCCUUCAGUAACAGUUUGGCUUUUAAAGGGAACAGCAGAGCUUCUCGGCAAGUCAAGUGUUUGCGACACAUACAGACGAGGGGACGUUACAGUGCUUAGUGGACGGCGAUUCCAGGCAGCAGAGAAACCUCAGAGGAGGGGAAAGGUUACUUCCCUCAUGGAGUCAAACAGUGUCGCUAGCGUGCAAUAUGAUCGGUGGAACGAGGACAACAUCAACAUGAACGUAGAGCCAACCCAGUCUCCUGCGAUGAGGAUCUACAACAGAGUGUGUAACGGCCGCAUGGGAGUUGUGGUGAAGACUGCAGGAGCUUUGGCUGCACUGGUCUUUGUUUACAUCCUGGGAUACCUCACAGGAUACUACGUCCACACGUGCUCAGGCUGAAGACCUGUCUGGAGAGAAUAGCGCUGAAACUGUUUUGAUAAACCAAAAAUGUUAAACAUGAUGAACAAAAUCACCAAAAAGGGGCCGUGUAGAACUCAUCAUCAUCAGCAUCAUCAUCUCUGUCUUCUUAGCCUCUUUGUCAUCAGAGCACUCAGUUUGUCAGUAUCUGGGUCUCCAGAGCAGAGGUCAUUUCUUCACAGAGCCUUGCAUCAUGUCGAACCCUGACUGCCACCACCAGCAUUGGCUUAAUAUUUUCUCUAUGGCUGGCUCACUGCUGCAGGUGUUCCAGCGGGUUGAGCGGUUGAAGUCAUUUGAUUAUGUUGACCUCUAAUGGAACAUCUUUAAUUUUCAGUAUCAUGGAACGUAUUCAAAUAAAGUAUUUGGUUUCUUUAAGCAUUACCAAUUUCCGUGAUGUCAAUUAUUCAGCUAUACCCCUGUUUGGUUACCAAAUUAUACAACUGACCAAAUCCUAACACUGACCUUUAAAAACAAA